AUGCAAUUCCCAUCAAAUAUAGACCGUAAAGUAACGACAGAUCAACUAAUCCUGCAGAUUGACAUGUCGUGCAUUAAAUUAGACACAAUUAAACCAUGGAUUACCAAGAGAAUAACAGAAAUUCUUGGAAUGGAAGAUGAUGUUGUUAUAUGCUUUAUUUGUAAUCUGCUUGACGAGAAGAAUGUGGACCCUCGGGAGAUCCAAAUCAGCAUAACUGGGUUCUUAAAUCACAGAAAUGCUCGUCUCUUCAUCGAGGAGUUGUGGGAUCUGUUGAUAAGUGCAAUGGACAACAACACGGGCAUUCCGACUAAGAUUCUGGAAGAAAAAAAAUUCGAGAUUGCACAAAGAAUGGAAAAAGGGGAAGAAAAAAAGGUUUUUUUUAAUUUUAUUAUGGAAUAG